GUAGCCCGCACUGUCGGGACUUUUUCACCGUCGCACCAAUGAUGUAACUUUCGUUUCCUGCACGCUAAGGGUCACAGGAGCUCACAUGAGCGCGGAGUUUAGUCAGAGUCCAGGUUACGAAGCCCGAUCUUCUCCAUACAGUCCCCUUUAGGUUGUUUUAAAGCAUGCUACGGACGCUGUGUCGGACCGGCGGGCUCCUGCUCAAGCAAUCCCAGAGGACCGCGCCCAAGUUGUGGGUUACUCCGGCCCAACAGCGAUGGGCGUCCAGCCUGCCCAUGAACACUUUGGUCCUGUUCGUGCCCCAACAGGAAGCCUGGGUGGUGGAGAGAAUGGGUCGCUUCCACCGAAUCUUAGAGCCGGGUUUAAACUUCCUCAUACCCAUCCUUGACCGAAUUCGCUAUGUGCAAAGUCUCAAAGAGAUUGUCAUUGAUGUUCCAGAGCAGUCUGCAGUAUCUCUAGAUAACGUAACACUACAGAUUGAUGGAGUGCUUUACUUAAGGAUCCUAGACCCUUUUAAGGCCAGUUACGGUGUCGAGGAUCCAGAAUACGCCGUCACACAGUUGGCACAGACCACAAUGCGCUCAGAACUGGGCAAACUCACACUGGACAAAGUGUUCAGGGAAAGAGAGUCCCUCAAUUCCAACAUUGUCCACUCCAUCAACCAAGCUUCAGACGAGUGGGGAAUCCGCUGCCUUCGUUAUGAAAUCAAAGAUAUACACGUUCCGCCUCGUGUCAAAGAAUCCAUGCAGAUGCAGGUGGAAGCUGAACGCAAGAAGAGAGCCACAGUGCUGGAGUCUGAAGGGACAAGGGAAGCGGCCAUUAAUGUCGCAGAGGGUCGUAAACAAGCUCAGAUUCUGGCCUCGGAGGGUGAAAAAGCAGAGCAGAUCAAUAAAGCGGCUGGUGAGGCUCAAGCAGUCUUGGCAAAAGCAGAGGCGAAAUCUAAGGCUAUCCGGAUGCUGUCGGACGCUCUGACUGAGCAGAACGGAAAUGCAGCAGCCUCACUAAGUGUGGCCGAGCAGUACGUGUCUGCUUUCUCCAACCUCGCCAAAGAGUCCAACACCAUCCUUCUGCCCUCCAACACUGGUGACAUCAGCGGAAUGGUCACACAGGCUAUGACUAUUUACGGCACGUUGGCAAAGACGAGCACAAAAGCAGCGCCGGAAGCGGUGGUGGGGGUGGAGGAGAAGAGCGAAGAGGCUGCGAACCAGUCUGCAUCAUCUCAAUAGCAGAGGACUCUGUGAAUGAACUCAAAGCAGAAAAAAAUGACACAGAAGAAGCAGUUUAUGUUUCAGUUAUCAGAGCUCAAAGGCAUCAGUGUGUGAGCGGAGUUCACUAACCCUCUACUGGCAGGACAGUGGAGAAAAACUUUCUAAACUCCUGGGAUGAUUUGUCACGGAGUCCUCGGAAAAAUCACAUCUUUUUGCAAGAGGAUUCUUAAUCUUCACUGACUAUUGUUUAUUUUAUGCUCAGUUGUUGUCUGAUUGGGAAAUUUACCACCAGCUUUUAGCCAAAUAUACUGUACCAGUGACUUUGGCAGGCUGAAACAAAUUAAGAAGUUAACAGGCAAUAGCAGAUUUUGGGCUUUAUGAGCCACAGUAGUCAGUGGUUGCCAAAAUGAGUCCUGGGUAUUCCCAUCAUUUAUUAUUUCUUGUGUGCGACAAAUCCAUUUAGGUAUGAAUCAUUUCAUAAAUAAAUAGAAUUGAUAUAAAUGUUCUGAAUGUGACCGCUCUACUUCAAAGUUUAAGUGAAACAUAAGAUUGUAUUUAACGUCUUCAGAGUCUAUGGGCUCGUUUCUAUUCAUAUGGCAAUCACAGUUAGCUCAGGUGAGCCAUCUGCUUUGAUUUGGCUUGUUUACAGACAUCUCUUCAGCUGUCCUCAGCAUCACUGGGACCAGCGACUUUGAGUUGCUACAUGUGAUGUCUGGCUGGAGGCGUCAGAGUGGUGGAAAGUUUCCCAAAGUGUUGUUAAUUCACAAAUUUGGCUCAUGUUAAAUGCAAACAUUAUCUCCCUGAAACACUUGACCCAGUAUUUGCUUUAGAAAUAAUCAUGAGGAUGCGCACUGUUUUAAGAAAAUCCCUCCCUAUAACUUAGUAUACUAAAUCAGCCCUAGGAACAAAGGUUCCCGUCUUCUUUGUAUUUGUUUUCACCUCUUUGUCUUAUAGGAUAUAUUUAUUACAUUACAUUCUCUGCAAAGACGGUGAGUUUGUCAUGUCGUAGGCUUCACUGAUGCUCACACGUUUAUAAAAAUAAUUCAGAAAAAACAAGGAAAAAGACUUCAGUAUGCGUAGAAUGGGAUGUUGUAAAGCCUUUGUGAUUAUAUGUGAAGAAGGAGGUGUUCAGUGACAACUGAAUUCUUUUUUUCAAACGUAAUGUCGAUAAAGAAAAACUGAUACUAUGAUUUGGAAAUGGAUGGCAGUGGUUCUCAGACUAAUAAUGAAGGCGGUGUUCACAACAUUCAUAUUCACCAAAUAAAACAUCUAUUCUAAUGUGUUACAGUCCACUGAGUGCUUUCCAAAUACAUCCUUGCUUCCUAACACCUCGCUGUUCAACAGGAUUUAGCCCUUUACUUUGCCUUACAGAGGACAUGGACAGACUUCCAUGACUCAUGCUUGAGGCAUGUAGUUUAAUUUACAUUGUUGGCCUACUUUGUUCAUCUUGAAACAAUUUAUUUAUUUAAUUAUUAAGGAAAACAAAGUACAAAACCGUGUAAGAAGAGUGAGCACCUGUUCACCCUUUACUUUUCUUUACUGUACCGAUUUACAGACCACAGCUGAGAUUCAGUUUGGUCAUUUUCAGGGAAAUACUAGGUUUUCUUUUCAUGUGCCUCAGUUAUUCUGCUAAAUAGAUUUUUA